UUUUUCAUAGUUUCAAACCACCCUCCACAUAUAGUCCCACCAAAUCAAAUAAACUUAGUGCAACCUAAUAUUCUACCUCCCUUGUCCUUUUCCCUUUUUCCUCUAAAAUCCACAUUAGUAUUCCUAUACUAUAUACUAUCUUAGUGUCAUUUGACUCAUUUUUCUUAUAUACAUUGUCACCUCCACUCACUCCUUUCCCCUCACAUAGCCAAACAGGUUAUAGUUAUACAACACCCUCUUCAAAUAAACACUAAAACAAUGUUGUCUCUCAAAAUGACAGAGAUGUGGACAACCAUUGGGUCAACCUUAGCAAGCUUCAUGUUCAUUUGGGCUAUCAUAAGACAAUACUGUCCAUACCAACUCCUACGUUUCUUCGAGAAAUACAGCCAUAGAAUCAUGGACUACUUCUACCCUUACAUAAGAAUCUCAUUCCAUGAAUUCCUAGGUGACAGACUCAAAAGAAGUGAUGCUUAUGGAGCUGUUGAAGCAUAUCUCAGUGCCAACACAUCAAAGAGUGCAAAGAGACUCAAAGCUGAGAUAGGAAAAGACAGCACCAACUUGGUUUUAACAAUGGAUGAAUACGAAAGAGUGACCGAUGAUUACAACGGCGUAAAAGUCUAUUGGGUUUGCAGCAAAGUUAUGGCAGCUUCAAGAUCCAUGCCUUAUUAUCAAGAACAAGAGAAGAGAUUCUACAAACUCACUUUUCAUAAAAAGUAUAGAGACAUGAUAACAGGUUGUUAUUUGGAUCAUGUGAUGAAAGAAGGGAAAGAGAUUCGUCUGAGGAAUCGACAGAGGAAAUUGUACACAAAUAGUCCUGGUUAUAAAUGGCCUAGCUAUAAGCAAACUAUGUGGAGUCACAUUGUUUUUGAACACCCUGCAACUUUUGAAACAAUGGCUAUGGAGCCAGAGAAAAAGAAAGAGAUCAUUGAAGAUUUGGUUACUUUUAGCAAAAGUAAAGAUUUUUAUGCUAGGAUUGGUAAAGCUUGGAAAAGGGGUUAUUUGCUUUUUGGUCCUCCAGGGACUGGUAAAUCAACAAUGAUUGCUGCUAUGGCAAAUUUGUUGGGCUAUGAUGUUUAUGAUUUGGAGUUAACAGCAGUGAAAGACAACACUGAAUUAAGGAAGCUUUUGAUUGAAACAACAAGUAAGUCAAUUAUUGUUAUUGAAGACAUAGAUUGUUCACUUGAUCUAACAGGUCAGAGAAAGAAAAAAGGCGAAAGUAAGUUUUUUUCUGAUGAUGAGAAUGAUAACAAGGGGAAGGAGGUGAAGGAAGAAGGAAGUGGGGGUGGGGGUGGGGGUGGGAAUAGCAAGGUUACACUUUCAGGGCUAUUGAAUUUCAUUGAUGGGAUAUGGUCAGCAUGUGGAGGUGAAAGGUUGAUAGUUUUCACUACAAAUUAUGUGGAGAAGCUUGAUCCUGCACUUAUAAGGAGGGGUAGAAUGGACAAACAUAUAGAACUUUCUUAUUGUAGUUAUAAUGGUUUUAAAGUGCUUGCUAAUAACUACUUAAGAGUUGAGAAACAUGCAUUGUUUGAGAGUGUUGAGAGGUUAAUUGGUGAAGUGAAGAUUACACCUGCUGAUGUUGCUGAGAAUCUUAUGCCUAAGUCACCAAUGGAUGAUGCUGAUAAGUGUCUUUUGAAUUUGAUUGAGGCUCUUGAGGAAGUGAGAGGGAGGAGUGGUUUAGUUAAGGAACAAGUUAUUAAGGAAAAUGGUGAGUUUGUUGAUGAUGAUGAGAGGUAGCAAAAUUGUUUGUUAUAAGGGCAAAAUGUUAGGCACAUGAAUUGUCAUUAUAGUAAGUAGUAUAAUGUGUUUUAUAGCAUUUGGAAUCUCUGAUUUUGUACUAUUUAUGAGACUAGUUUUGAACUUUAUUGUAUGA